GGCCGGAGCGUGUAUGGGGGGGGGGCAGGUCUGCAUUGCCGCUUCCCCGGGUACCGGGAGCAGUCGACGCUGCCGCCAGCCCCGCGGCCGGGACCCCCGCCCUCACCAGGGACUCCCUUACCCGGGGCAUCCAGGCCAGAUCUCCAGAAGCUUAUAGAAGAGAAGUAGGUGGCUUUUCCUGAGUUAUCCUGAUCCCCGGCUUAGCCCCCACAACCUGGCUCCCCCUUCUCUUCCUAUUCCCCUGUUCCUCCUCUCCCUUCCCCAUGUAUCCAACUGAAUUGGCCAGAAGUCCUGCCCCUCCUUUCCCCUCCUAGACAUCCCUAUUCUCCUAUUCCGUGCCCAGAGAUAUUUGAACACACUCCAUCUAAGUAACUGGGGGAAGGGGGCCUUCUGACUUCACAAGUCCUUGAGCAAAAUCUGAAUAAGGAGCAGGGAGUGAAGGAGAUCUAGUGACGUCCCAAAGACUCAUCAUGGAAGAAGGCUUCAGAGACCGGGCAGCUUUCAUCCGUGGGGCCAAAGACAUUGCCAAGGAGGUCAAGAAGCACGCGGCCAAGAAGGUGGUGAAGGGCCUGGACAGAGUCCAGGACGAAUAUUCCCGUAGAUCUUACUCCCGCUUUGAGGAGGAGGAGGAGGAGGACUUCCCCGCCCCCGCAGAUGGCUAUUACCGCGGGGAAGGCGCCCAGGACGAGGAAGAGGGGGGCGCAUCUAGUGACGCCACCGAGGGUCACGACGAGGAUGAUGAGAUCUACGAGGGGGAAUAUCAGGGCAUCCCCCGGGCAGAGUCUGGGAGCAAAGGCGAGCGGAUGGCAGAUGGGGCUCCCCUGGCUGGAGGCAGGGGGGGCUUGGGCCAUGGGGAGGGCCCCCCUGGUGGCCGGGGGGAGGCACAACGGAGGAAAGAACGGGAAGAACUGGCUCAGCAGUAUGAAGCCAUCCUCCGGGAGUGUGGCCACGGCCGCUUCCAGUGGACACUCUAUUUCGUGCUUGGGCUGGCGCUGAUGGCUGACGGUGUGGAAGUCUUUGUGGUGGGCUUUGUGCUGCCCAGCGCUGAGAAAGACAUGUGCCUGUCAGACUCCAACAAAGGCAUGCUAGGCCUGAUAGUCUACCUGGGCAUGAUGGUGGGAGCCUUCCUCUGGGGAGGUCUGGCUGAUCGGCUGGGUCGGAGGCAGUGUCUGCUCAUCUCACUCUCAGUCAACAGCGUCUUCGCCUUUUUCUCGUCUUUCGUCCAGGGUUAUGGCACUUUCCUCUUCUGCCGCCUCCUUUCCGGGGUUGGGAUCGGAGGGUCCAUCCCCAUCGUCUUCUCCUAUUUCUCGGAGUUUCUGGCACAGGAGAAGCGGGGGGAGCAUUUGAGCUGGCUCUGCAUGUUCUGGAUGAUUGGUGGAGUGUAUGCAGCCGCCAUGGCCUGGGCCAUCAUCCCCCACUACGGGUGGAGCUUUCAGAUGGGGUCCGCUUACCAGUUCCACAGCUGGAGGGUGUUUGUCCUCGUCUGCGCCUUCCCUUCUGUGUUUGCCAUCGGCGCCCUGACCACGCAGCCUGAGAGCCCGCGCUUCUUCCUGGAGGUCACCCACAUUAAGACGAUUCAUCAGGAGGACGAGUUGAUUGAAAUCCAGUCGGACACGGGGACUUGGUACCAGCGCUGGGGGGUCCGGGCCUUGAGCCUGGGGGGGCAGGUCUGGGGGAAUUUCCUCUCCUGUUUUGGUCCAGAAUAUCGACGCAUCACUCUGAUGAUGAUGGGUGUGUGGUUCACCAUGUCCUUCAGCUACUACGGCCUGACUGUCUGGUUUCCUGACACGAUUCGCCACCUCCAGGCGGUGGACUACGAAGCCCGCACCAAAUUGUUCUCUGGGGAGCGUGUGGAACAUGUGACCUUUAAUUUCACCCUGGAGAAUCAGAUCCACCGAGGGGGACAAUACUUUAAUGACAAGUUCAUUGGGCUACGUCUGAAGUCAGUGUCCUUUGAGGAUUCCUUAUUUGAGGAGUGUUAUUUCGAGGAUGUCACUUCGAGCAACACAUUCUUCCGCAACUGCACAUUCAUCAACACGGUGUUCUAUAACACCGACCUGUUUGAGUACAAGUUUGUGAACAGCCGGCUGGUGAACAGCACGUUCCUGCACAACAAGGAGGGCUGCCCGCUGGACGUAACAGGGACCGGCGAAGGUGCCUACAUGGUGUACUUUGUCAGUUUCCUGGGGACGCUGGCUGUGCUCCCCGGGAACAUCGUGUCUGCCCUGCUCAUGGACAAGAUUGGCAGGCUCCGAAUGCUUGCGGGCUCCAGCGUGAUGUCCUGUGUCUCCUGCUUCUUCCUGUCUUUUGGGAACAGCGAGUCAGCCAUGAUCGCUCUGCUCUGCCUUUUUGGGGGGGUCAGCAUUGCAUCCUGGAACGCGCUGGACGUGUUGACUGUUGAACUCUACCCUUCGGACAAGAGGACCACGGCCUUCGGCUUCCUGAACGCCCUCUGUAAGCUGGCGGCCGUGCUGGGGAUCAGCAUCUUCACAUCCUUUGUGGGAAUCACCAAGGCCGCCCCCAUCCUGUUUGCCUCAGCGGCGCUUGCCCUCGGUAGUUCUCUGGCCCUGAAGUUGCCUGAGACCCGGGGACAGGUGCUGCAGUGAGAGUGCCACAGGGGUUUUGAGGGUGGCAGGCUCCCUGUGAGACCAACGGCUCCUUCUCUCUCCCUGCCCUGCCAUCCUGGCCCUAGAAGCCUCACUCCCCACUCCCGUGUGCGGUGUCUUAGCUGUGUGUGUGCGUGCGCGUGCAUGUCUGUGACCCCGUGGGCAGGAACUGCAGGGAAGGCUAUUUCGUCCCGGUCUCGGGGUGCAGCUCUACUCCCCACCUCCUACCCGUUGACUUUGCACAAGAGAAGGCUCGGCCCCACCCUUCUCCCCCAGUGUUAGUGAGGCAUCCUAGCUCUUCCUGGCUCUAGGGAGUCCAGAACCAGCCCCUGCCCUCCCCUCCCUCCCCUCUGCCUAGGCCCUGGUGAAACCAUGGGCAUGUGGUUAUGCUGGGGGCUGGGGCUUGGUGUAGUCUUUGGACCAAAAGAAUUUCUUAGAGUUGGAAGGGCCUCAAGUGCCCUCUCACACCUGUUGGACGCUGGGGGAGUAGCAAUAAACCUCAGCCCCCUGGCCUCCACUCCCCCCUCAAUUUGGGCUACAAGUAAGAAGCCUGAGUUUUAUGAAAUCAGCUUUCUGAUUCUUAUUUAUUUAUAUAUUAAGUUCUGAGGCAGCUCAGCAGGACUGUGUGUGUGAAUGCAUGUGUAACACUUACGUGUGUGUGUAUGUGCCGUGGGGUGGGGCGUCACUAUACUGUCCUAAGAUACAAGCCAAGGGUAAUCUCUGUGGACACACAUGCUACCCUGCCUCCCAUAAUCCCUUCCCCAUCUUUUUUCUGUCUCAGGCCUGGGAGGGAGGAGCCCCAGGCCAGGCUAGGAUGAGCCCCACAGUCCAGACAGACCUGAGGGCACCCGAUGAGGUCCAUCUCCUCCCCUCCUCUCAAGAAGCACAGGCCUCUGGAGCGAGAGGCUCCACCCACUAUAGCACAGACAGACACAGCACAGCUGCCCUCCCACCCCUACCCUGUCCCCUCGCAGGCAGGGUAGCAGGGAAGGGAAAGACACCAGGCAUAAGGUCAAACCAGCAGAUCAAAAAGCACAAGGAGCUGGGGCAGGGGCAGAAAGCAGGGGCCCUCACAGCAACUCCUCUGAAGUGGGAAGAGGUUGGGCAAUAAGCCAGGGACCCCCAAUGUGGGACCAGAAGCCUCAGUUUCCCCAUGUCACCCUUUCUACAUGAUAGCCCCUGCAGGUUAAGCUGCCCUUGCCUCACCCCACUGUGUGGCUGCUUUCUUUGGUACCCUCCUGCGCCCCCCCGCCCCACCGUAGCUGUGAUGUGUCGUAGUUUUUAGCUGUUUGUAAAUGUUAAAAAAAAAAAAAAAAA